CCAUCAUGGCUGGGCACAGACGCAUGAGAAAGGUGGUAACUCUGCAGACUGCAAGGAAUCUGCAAGGAACCAGGGCGCACACCCCUCUACUCUCACCUGUCCGUGAGCUGAAGUGUGUGAAGUGCAAGGAAGGCCUGCCCAUGGUGGUGAUCCGAGCAGGAGAUGCCUUCUGCAGGGACUGUUUCAAGGUGUUCUACGUCCACAAGUUCAGAGCUGUGCUUGGGAAGAACCGGCUGAUCUUUCCCGGAGAGAAGGUGCUCCUGGCAUGGUCUGGGGGCCCUUCUUCCAGCUCCAUGGUCUGGCAGGUCCUUGAGGGCCUGAGUCGAGAUUCUGCCAAAAGAUUGCGUUUUGUGCCAGGGGUUGUCUACAUUGAUGAGGGAGCAGCCUGUGGACAGAGCCCAGAGGACAGAGCCAAAACCCUAGCCGAGAUGAAGCUGAUCCUGCAGACAGUUGGUUUCCCCUGGCACAUUGUUGCCUUAGAAGAGGUGUUCAGCCUGCCACCAUCUGUGCUUCGCUGCUUUGCCCAGGAGCCCUCAGGGACCAAGGGAGCCUACAAGGCAGCUGUGGACAGUUUCCUCCAGCAGCAGCAUGCACCAGCCCAGGGGCAGGAGCAGCAGAGCCAACCUGGCACUGAGGAACUCCAGAGUCCAGCUGUGUUACCCACAACUGUCCAGACCAAGGCUCAGCCACACAUAGCUUCCCAGACAGAGGCUCAUCUACCCACAACUGCCCAGACUGAGGCUCUAUCUAGACUGUUUGACUCAGUGAAGACACUGACAGCCAAGGAGGAACUUCUGCAGACCCUGCGGACCCACUUGAUCCUGCAUGUGGCCCGGACCCAUGGCUACUCCAAGGUGAUGAUGGGGGACAGCUGCACCCGCCUGGCCAUCAAGCUCAUGACUAGCCUGGCCCUGGGGAGAGGGGCAUUCCUGGCCUGGGACACGGGCUUCUCUGACGAGCGGCAUGGCGACGUGGUGGUGGUGCGGCCUAUGCGUGAUCACACACUGAAGGAGAUUGCCUUCUACAACCGCCUGUUUGCUAUCCCCUCUGUCUUCACACCGGCCAUCGACACCAAGGCCCCCGAAAAGGCCAGCAUCCACCGGCUUAUGGAAGCCUUCAUGCUCAGGCUGCAGGCCCAGUUCCCUUCCACGAUCAGCACGGUGUACAGAACGAGUGAGAAGCUGGUCAAGGCCCCCAGGGAAGGCAGUGCUGGUGACUCCCCAGGCCCCCGUUGCCUGCUCUGCAUGUGUACACUGGACAUCGACACUGCUGAUAGUGCCACAGCUUUUGGGGCCCAGACCUCACAUCUCUCCCAGAUGCAGCCCCCCACCCCACCAGCUGGGACGCCCACAGCACCCUGCUGCUCUGCAGAGGUGGGCAGGGCCCAGGGCUGCUGCCAGGGGGCUGGGCCCUGUGGGAGGGAGGACUCUCGAGCCCUUGUCAUCGAGCAGCUGUGCUACGGGUGCCGUGUGAACAUGAAGGACUUGCCGUCCCUGGACCCCCUGCCACCCUACAUCCUGACCGAGGCCCAGCUCCGUAGCCAGAGAGCCUGGGUCUUACGGGAGAUGCAAGAGUAUCUGGUUGAGGACAGUGACGAUGAGGCACAGACCGAUGAGAGCUGAGCCUAAGAAUGGACACCUAGGACCACCCUGCCAGGACCUCUGCCAUGCUGGAGCAGGACAGCAAGGACGGAAAGGCGACAUAUCCGUUUGUAUAAAUAAAAAUGUUUUUAAUUAAAAAA